AAUAAGGCCCUGAAAAGCGAAGCGGAGCCGCACAGCGGUGGGAGGACGCAGCAGGAUCAUGUCUGACGUGGAAAGGAUCGCGGACUGAGUUACAAACUUCAGGGCGAAACUAGUUAAAAGGGGACAGAAAGUGUUUGCUCUUCUGCCAGCGGGGGAAAGCCUUUACAGCAGAAUGAGUCUGGACAAAGCUAAAUUGUGUGACUCACUGCUAACCUGGUUGCAGACGUUUCAGGUCCCAUCAUGCAGCAGUAAAUCUGACCUGACAAGCGGAGUGGCCAUCGCGCAUGUGCUGCACAGAAUAGACCCCUCUUGGUUUAAUGAGACGUGGUUAGGCCGGAUCAAGGAGGAGAGCGGGGCCAACUGGCGCCUGAAGGUCAGCAACUUGAAAAAGAUUCUUAAAAGCAUGAUGGAAUAUUAUCAGGAUGUGCUCAGUCACCAGGUAUCUGAUGAGCAUUUACCCGACGUGAGCUUGAUAGGAGAAAUGGGAGACGUCACUGAGCUGGGGAAGCUGGUGCAGCUUGUGUUGGGUUGUGCUGUCAGCUGUGAGAAGAAGCAAGAGCAAAUCCAGCAGAUCAUGACCCUUGAGGAGUCUGUGCAGCACGUGGUGAUGACAGCCAUUCAGGAGCUUUUAGCAAAGGAGCCUUCAUCAGAACCAGGAAGCCCAGAGACGUACGGAGACUUUGACUUCCAGUCUAGAAAAUAUUAUUUCCUGAGCGAGGAACCAGAAGAGAAGGACAAUCUGAGCCAGCGCUGCAGAGACCUUCAACAUCAGCUGUCGCUGAGUUUGGAGGAGAAGGCGUCCAUGCAGGCAGAGAUCCGCUCGCUGAAGGAGAGGCUGAGCUGCUGCGACUCUCUGGACGUCUCCGCCACCGCCAUCACCGGCAAGAAGCUGCUGCUGCUGCAAAGCCAGAUGGAGCAGCUUCAGGAGGAGAAUGACAGGCUGGAGAGCAGCAGAGAUGACAUUCGAGUGCGGGCAGAGAUGCUGGAGCGGGAAGUGGUCGACCUGCUGCAGCGCAACGAAGAGCUGACCAGCCUGGCCCAGGAGGCCCAAGCCUUCAAAGAUGAGAUGGACAUUCUCAGACAUUCGUCCGACCGGGUGAACCAGCUGGAAGCCAUGGUGGAAACGUACAAGAGGAAGCUGGAAGAUUUGGGUGACCUGCGCAGACAGGUGCGCCUCCUAGAGGAGCGCAACACUGUGUACAUGCAGCGCACCUGCGAGCUGGAGGAGGAGCUCCGCAGGGCCAACGCCGUCCGCGGGCAGCUGGACUCCUACAAGAGACAGGCUCACGAGCUUCACACCAAGCACUCCGCGGAGGCCAUGAAAGCUGAGAAGUGGCAGUUCGAGUACAAAAACCUUCACGACAAGUAUAAUGCUCUUCUGAAGGAGAAGGAGCGCCUGAUCUCUGAGAGGGACACGCUUCGGGAGACCAACGAGGAGCUCAGGUGUGCACAGGUGCAGCAGAGGUGUCUGAGUGGAGCAGGAGACCUGAGCGAGGGCGUGGGGAACCUGGCUGCAGAGAUCCUCCCCGCCGAGCUCAGAGAGACUGUGGUGCGUCUGCAAAGUGAAAACAAGAUGCUGUGCGUUCAGGAGGAGAACUACAGACAGAAACUUGUGGAAGUCCAGGCCGAGCUGGAGGGGGCUCAGCGCAGCAAGAACACCUUGGAGACCCAGGACAGGCUGAACCAGCAGCAGAUCUCAGACCUGCGCUCUCAGGUGGAGGAGCUGCAGAGAGCUCUGCAUGAGCAGGACAGCAAGAACGAAGAUGCCGUCUCCUCUUUACUGAAGAAGAAGCUGGAGGAGCAUCUGGAGAAGCUCCAUGAAGCCCACUCAGACCUCCAAAAGAAGAGAGAAGUCAUCGAUGACCUGGAGCCCAAAGCGGACGGCAACAUGGCCAAGAAGAUAGAUGAACUCCAGGAGAUCCUGCGGAAGAAGGACGAGGACAUGAAGCAGAUGGAGGAGAGAUACAAACGCUACAUGGAGAAAGCCAGAACAGUGAUUAAAACUCUGGAUCCCAAGCAGCAGCCGGUGACUCCGGACAUCCAGGCUCUGAAAAAUCAGCUGACGGAGAAGGAGAGAAAGAUCCAGCAUCUCGAGCACGACUACGAGAAGUCCCGGUCCAGGCACGAACAGGAGGAGAAGCUCAUCAUCUCCGCUUGGUACAACAUGGGCAUGGCUUUGCAUCAGAAAGUGUCCGGCGAGCGCCAGGGCCCCUCCCACCAGGCCAUGUCCUUCCUCGCCCAGCAGAGGCAGUACACCAACGCCCGGAAAGGCCUGACCCGACUCCCCCCGAGAUGAAACUUCAGGUACCACCGGGUGCUGCAAAGCGGACAGAUGACAUCUCAAUGCCUUCACUGAACCGAUGCAGCCUCACAACUUAGAUUUUCUCAUGCUGCCCCCUGCUGGUGAAUCUCUACCGUCUCAGUGGAAAUAUGAAGGAGAUUUUUAUUUCCUUUUUGUCUCUUCUGUUCUUGUUGUUUUUUAUGACAUUUUUUAAACUGACACUGUUGAAAAGAAAGGCUUUUUUCCAGCUUUUCCUGUCCUGACGGCACAUCCACUCUUAUUUUUGUCUAAUUCUGUUGUUAAUUUAGAAAAAUACAAUGAAGAUCGUGAAUCUUAGACAUUUAAACCUGAUGAUUCUUAUUAGAAUUCUUCUAAACACACCAAAGCACUUUGUAUGUAAAAAGCUGUUUCCUCAGUGCCUCACUGACUCUUAUUGUUCACUAAGCUGUUUUUAAUUGAUGAAUGACUGGAUUAUCACUACUGUUUGAUGUUUGGGAGCUCAUACGGUCUUCAGUUGUGUUGUCGUGUCUCCACAUCAAAGGUUGAACAGGGUUUUCUGACUGUAGGUAAAAAGCAUUCUCCUCUUCAGACCGCUGGAAGACACGAACGUUGGAACGUUAAGAAGGAAAAUGUCCCUCAGAGGCUGUAAAGUGAUGACUCUGUGACGGUUUUUUGCUGCUAAACUACAAAGGAAAUUUCAAAACUGGAAUUAAUUUUGCUGAUAAUAAGUUAAUCGAUCAAACACUAUUUUUUUGUUUUGUUUUUAUCCUCAUCUUUUGCUGUAUCCCAUAUCAGAACUGUACAUCCCGUAAGAAGGUGCUGGAUCCUGCCGUUUUGUGAGCACAUUUUUUUUUUCUACUGAGCUUUAAUUCUUAUUUAUGGUGAGGAGUUUAAUGGCAUCUGCAUGGUGUGAAAGUUGAAAAUGGUCGAGUAGAUGAUAGCAUGCUGCUAGGGAUGGCACACAAGCUAGUUCUGAUUUUUGCACAACAAAUAAAUGGGAUCUUAACUUAA